AUGAAGGAGACUCUUCCAUUACUUGACUCUGUUGACAUGAAUGGUGGACUGUCUAUGAAGCAUAAAUUGUCUGGUCACCUGAAAUCUGUUUCUUCUGUUUCAUGGAGUCCUAAUGACCAAGAGCUCCUCACAUGUGGUGUGGAAGAGGCUGUUAGGCGGUGGGAUGUCUCUACCGGUAAAUGCCUGCAAGUUUAUGAAAAAAAUGGUCCUGGUCUCGUCUCGUGUGCAUGGUUUCCAAGUGGGAAAUAUAUACUUUCUGGCCUCAGUGACAAGAGCAUUUGCAUGUGGGAUUUAGAUGGGAAAGAAGUGGAGUGUUGGAAAGGACAGAGAACUCUCAAGAUUUCUGACUUGGAAAUAACAGGUGAUGGGGAACACGUUCUGAGUAUUUGUAAAGACAAUGCAAUACUGUUCUUCAACAAAGAAACGAAAGAAGAGAGAUUUAUUGAAGAAGAACAGACAAUAACUUCCUUCUCUUUGUCAAAGGAUAGCAGAUUCUUGUUGGCUAAUCUUUUGAACCAAGAAAUACACCUGUGGAAUAUAGAAGGUGAUCCUAAACUUGUUGGCAGGUACAGAAGUCAUAAACGCACCCGGUUUAUUGUCAGAUCUUGCUUUGGUGGUCUUAAGCAAUCUUUUAUUGCUAGUGGUAGUGAGGAUUCACAGGUUUACAUAUGGCACAGAAACUCGGGGAUCUAG